AUGUCUGCUGGCCAAAAGAGCGUGCAGAAAGGGAAGGCGCAGCAGCGCCUGAAGGAGCGGUACCGGCUGGGCUCGCUGCUGGGCCGGGGCGGAUUCGGCAACGUCUUCGCAGCAACGCGGCUGUCGGACGGCGCCCCGGUAGCCAUCAAAAGGGUGCCACGGUACUGCGUCCAUCACUGGGCUGAGCUGCCCGACGGCACCAGCGCACCCCUGGAGAUUGUCCUGCUGGACAAGGUGUCCAGUGGCUUCUCCGGUGUGGUCCAGCUGCUGGAGUGGGUUGAGCUCCCCAACGACAUCUUGAUGGUGCUGGAGCGCCCGGAGCACUGUCAGGACCUGCAUCAUUUCAUUCGGGCACGGGGGUUCCUGUCCGAGGGGGUGGCGCGGCCGCUGUUCCGGCAGGUGCUGGAGGCCGUGCGGCACUGCACCAGCUGCGGGGUCCUGCACAGGGAUAUCAAGCCAGCGAACAUCCUCGUUGACCUGGCCACCGGGCAAGCCAAACUGAUUGAUUUCGGCUGUGGCACCUACCUGCAAGAGACAGCCUACAUUCGCUUUGCAGGAACACCAUCAUACAGCCCCCCGGAAUGGACCCAUUUUGGCUGGUACUAUGGCAAGCCAGCUACCAUCUGGUCCCUGGGUAUCGUGCUGCACCAGAUGGUCUGCGGGGAGCACCCUUUCAGGAGGGACCAGAACAUCAGCUGGGACCAUCAGCUCUCGCUGCCACAACGGCUUUCUUCAGGAGACAGCGAGGAUCACAUCAAGGAUGACAGCCUCUUCCUGGACCUGGCCACUGUGAAUUCCCAGCCCAUUGCUGUCUCCAUCACUCUGUUGCCUAUCUUGAUGCCUCUGACCACAAGGAAGGCCGAGCCCCAGGUUUAG